CGGAUCUUACGCAUGGAGCAUGCGCAUCACCGUUCAUGGGUAACUUGGAGUCGACUCGCGCCACAGUCAGCUGAGAUGCUGACAAGGCGCACCUGUCCAAAUCUGUGAAGUUGGUGGUCAAUCAAAGAACCAUGGCGACAACGAACCGGCAGCAGCAACACUCACUUCCAGGUUUUCCUGAUGACAGUCUUGUUGAAGGUGGCCCCAGUAGUGUGGAUAAGCUUGCAUUCAAAUACAUGGAGCUGUGUAAAGUGGAGUCCAGUACUGAUUCCGAGUCAGAUGUCAGUCCAAGAUGGUCUGAUACCAGCACCAUGGGAUGUGGAAGUAGUGCACCAGAGAGCAGACAACCCAUUCAAAGGAUGCUAACAUGUUCACACAAGCCGGUGGGACGUUAUUCGUGGCUUUCUUUGUCCUUGGACCCAUAUGACGGGAGCUCAGAAGAUUCGGACGAGUCUAUCGCUGGUCCCAGGCGACCGAGGCAGGGGAGCUGCAGGUAUUGGGGCAGGAGCCAAAGAAGGAACAAUCACCCUCCCACUGUCAUCCUCAAAGAAGUGAUCAAAAGUGGUGGGCCAACAGAGCCUCAUCUCAUUGAUGUCCAGAUGAGGUCAGCAAGUGACUCUGAGCUAUGGACAUGUAGCCACAGCAAGGGGCGGGGCCCUGUGGCAGAGACAUCUGCAGACUCUGGAGUGCUCACUACUAAAUACUCACCUUGCACACCGGUGUUUCCCACUUUCGUGGGGGCAGCAACCUCUGUCCAGAUACCAGAGAAAUCUCCCGACAGUACUAUCCCCCUCAGGGGUGUCUUCAAAAGGAAGUUAAGUCUUCCAGGAGCAGAGGCACUACAAGAUUGUGGCCACAGGAAGAAGCAGUGUGUCACCAAAAUGGAGGCUGGGGAUUCUCCUCCUGAGGUGAGUUGGUCCAAGACCAGAAACACCCCCUAGCCUAGAGACACUAUUGCUUAUACCUGCUUAUCUACACAGGUGGGCAGGAUCAUGACAGUGGAAAAACAGGGACACCUUUGACCAUCUUUUUCUGCAGAACAAGUUGACUAGGUGAUAAUCUGUGGCUAUUCAAGUUUACUAGGAGAAUGUGUCACACAUGAAUGUUAUUUCUUUACUUAAUGUACUUUUUUUUUUUAAACACUAAUUUGAAAAACUUAAUUCUCAUGUAAGGAAUAACAUUCCAUAUUCAUUUGCAUUGCUAUGGUGCUGUAUAUUUUGGCGGACUGAAUAAAUCAUGCAUUUGCUAGUU